GUUCGGGAUUAAACUCACACAGUACCGCACAGCAGCGCGCGCGCACCCGCUCCUUUCACAGGUUUAGCCCACGCGCUCGUGCUGGAGCGAGAUCAGAGAGAGUGACUCGCUAUUCCAGAAGCUUCCACUGCGAUUAUAAUCCCGUGCAGCUCUGACAGGUGUAAAGGCCGUCCGCGCGCGCUCCUGUUGGGAUUAUGGACCCGAAGAAGGUAUCCGAGCUGAAGGCUUUCGUGCAGCUGUGCACAGAUAAUCCCGCCGUGCUGCACCUCCCCGAGAUGGGCUUCUUUAGGACCUGGUUACACGGUUUGGGAGCCACCAUUCCAGCGCAGACCAAAAAUGACAGUUCUCCAUGCGGGGGAAGCUGUCCGUGUGAUGCCGGCCCACGAUUCACAGCGGCCCCGCCCCCAAAGGCCGAACCAGCCCCGCCUUCAGAGAGUGAGGAGAGUGAUUUAGAAAUUGACAUGGAAGGAGUGAUCGAGCCAGACACAGAAGCAGCUCAGGAGAUGGGAGAUUAUGAAAACCUGGAGGUGACAGAGGAGAUGAUUGAUCAGGCCAAUGAGAAGAAGGGGGAGGCUAUCGGAGCUCUAGGAGAUGGGGAGUUACAGAAAGCUCUGGAUUUGUUCACUGAUGCCAUCAAACUGAACCCCAAAUCAGCCAUCCUCUACGCCAAGAGAGCCAGUGUAUACAUUAAGAUGCAGAAACCGAACGCUGCGAUCCGAGACUGUGACAGAGCCAUCGACAUCAACCCAGACUCUGCACAGUCGUACAAGUGGAGAGGAAAAGCCCACCGAUUGCUUGGUCAUUGGGAGGAGGCAGCUAAAGAUCUGGCGAUGGCCUGUAAACUGGACUAUGAUGAAGAUGCUUCAGCCAUGCUGAAGGAGGUUCAGCCCAGAGCCAACAAGAUCAUAGAGCACCGGCGUAAAUACGAGCGCAAACGUGAGGAGAGAGAGCUGAAAGAGAGGAAAGAGCGAGUGAAGAAAGCGAGAGAGGAGCACGAGAGAGCACAGAGGGAGCAGGAAGCCCGGGAGCAGGCAGGCGGAGCACACGGAGGAUUCCCAGGUGGCGCUGGUUUCCCCGGUGGCGCUCCGUUCGGGAUGCCCGGCCUGCAGGAGCUCUUUAACGACCCCGAGGUCCUCAUGGCCAUGAAGGACCCUGAAGUGAUGGCAGCAUUCCAGGAUGUGGCUCAGAACCCGGCCAACAUCUCCAAGUACCAGAGCAACCCCAAGAUCAUGGCCCUCAUCAACAAACUCAGCUCCAAGUUCAGCGGCCCCCAGCCUUAGAGCGGCCAGCGUGGACGCGUGUGUGUUAGGGGGGGUGGGCGGGGUGGGGAUGGAUGAAUGGGUGGGGUGUUGUGAAUGAGUGAGUGGUGUGGUUGAGGGUAUGUUUGCAGUUCUCUGAGAUAGCUCACCCUCCCCUCUGCUUAUUUUCUUCCUUCGUUUUUGAUCUAAGAGGCCGGAUAUGGGAGAUCUGGUCCGGAUGGAGUUUCUGCCAUAUUGCCGAGACCAGUGGAGGUGUUGAACUAGAGAGCUCUGGAAUGACACUAGGAGAGACAGCUGUGGUCCAUCUUAACUGACCCUGAAAAAGAUCUUGAUAUGAUUACCUCCUUGAGCACUGAAGGGCAGGAAAACCUUAGUCCACUUUCAAAAACAUUGUUCAACAGAAACAGCACUUAAUUCUUUUUUUGGACAGUUAUUAAUUUAGUUCAGAUCAUCUGGCUAAAACUGACAUUUUAAUCUGUUAAAAAUCCUCAGGAGUUUCUUUAGAAUCUUAACUUCAGCCCAAAGAGAGCAUUGUCCCGUAGAAAUGGCACCCAAUAUAACACAUUAGCACUGACCUGACUUCCUAUUGGACAAUCCUGACUUUGAGCAUAUUGAAGAUAUCUGAGACUUAUCUUUAACACGUUGUCUUAGCUACAUCCUUUAAGGCUAAAAAUGUAUGAUAGCCAGAUGCUAACAUCCCUUACCCUGUCUCUGUUGGACCAGCUAACUAUGGGCUGGUGUUAUCUAGCUAAUCCUCAUUUAGGAAUAUACCUCAAGAUCUCAGUUAACCGGAUAACUUGAGCCCAAAGUCAAAGCUGUCUAAAAGAAGCUUAUGUUAUUCAUCUGAUUUGAGAAAUCCUGCUUUCCAAAAUCCCCCUUAGAUUCAGUUUUUGUUCUGCAGAGCUGUGGGAUCCUCCACAGCAGGAUUUCUCGAUUUUUUUUUACAGAUAAUUUAUAGCCUGUCCAGCAGGGAAAGGAGAUGAGGCACAAUGCUAUUGGAUUGUCCUCAAGUUAAUUGGCUAUCUAAGAAGGUAUGCUUUGAAAAAUCUUGCUUACAUGCAAAAUAAACAUCAUUUGACAUUAAACACACUCUAAAUGUAGGUAUUAUCUUAACUAAGAAGUUUUUCAGUGGGAUUAAUGAAAGCUUGUCUGAACUAGCAACAGUUGCUGCUCCUUGGUUGAACAUCCUGGGGACCCAGGAUAAACUGAAGUAAAAUUUAACCCCAGAACUGAUCGUAUUCUGAGUUUAAGAUAGCAAGAAAGCCUGUGAUAAGCAUAUCUAAAAUGUGCACCGGUCACUAAUUACAUUAUAUAACUAAUAAACAUGUUGAAUACUGAUAUUAGGACUCCUAAUAUUUUCUGCUCUCAAAGCUGACUAAGCUCCACAAGGAGGACAUUAUUUCAGUGUGUGACUCUCUGCUCUCCUGUCCUCUUCUAUGCUAAGGUGGCCAUAAUGAUUCCUUUUAGAUUUGUAUUUUUUUUUUAAUCCUCAGGUCUUUCUCUUCUUCACCUUCGCUGAAAUAAAAAGUUCUGUUUCCUCUCUUGCUCUCUCCUACAAGCAAAAAAAUAAGAAGAGAAUCAAAAGAUAAACAUGUUUCGUCUUCUAAUUGAAGAGGAUGUGCAUCACAAAUGGAUAGGAAUGAUGAUUUCAGUCAAUAAAAGUUUUGGUUGUUGACAAAUAA